AUGUUCACCUAUUUGAUCUUUGCUUCAUUUUUUUUCUUCAAUAGUCUUGUAAUUGAAACGGCUCUUGUUGAAUAUGAUUUCAUCGUUCGUACUAUUCCAUCUAAUCCAGAUGGUUAUCCUCGACCUGUAAUUAUAAUGCAUAAUGCAAACUCAUCAUGGGAUGUCAAUCGACCAUUUCCUGGCCCAUUGAUUCGAGCGAAAUUAGGUGAUACACUUCGUAUUCGAAUCACUAAUAUGAUGCGUGAUCAAGCAACAUCAAUUCAUUUUCAUGGCCUCCAUAUGUUUAAAAAUCCAUGGGCCGAUGGGACGGAACAUAUAACCCAAUGCCCUAUUGCACCGCAUCAAACGUUCAUAUACGAAUUUGAAGUGACACAAACAGGAACGUUUUGGUAUCAUUCAC